ACAGAGAACACCAGGGAUGGUUUCUUGCUCUUCUUGACAGUUACGCAACUAACACCAGGGAUGGGUUUCAUUCCAAGCUUCUACAUUGCCUUGCUCUGCUUUGACCUUCCACUUGCAUCCCCAUCUUCUUGUCCCUCAGCAUUAUCAUCAUCCUUGUCAUCAUUUUCAUCGUCAUCGUCUUCUUCAUCAUCUUCAUCUUCAACCACGGGCUCAUCAGGAUCGAUCUUUUCCUGCUCGAGGUGAGCGGCGAGAAGCUCCUCUUGUGUCUUUGUUGUUUAAAACUAUGAUUACUCUGUUUUGUUAUAAUUUCUGUGCUCCUUUCUGUACCAAAUCCAGUGGAUGUGUUGGUUCUGAGUUUUGCGGAUUGGUGGCGGUUGGGAUUUCAAUGGGUUUUGGGGAUUUUGUGUCCAGUAGCACGGAGAGGGACAUGGCUGCAAAGGAGAGGAUGGUCACUGAGUGGGAGAUCACUAACCAGCAUGGACACUCACAGCCACAGGAAGAUGACUUAAUCCAGAGAUAUCAAGCUCUUGGGAUGGAAUUUCAUGAUGCAGUCAGUGUAGUGAAGGUGUUCUCCAAAUACAAGGACAUACUGGUGACGGCCGAGAAACGAAUGUUACCACCAGACCAGGCGGAGAAGCCAUGGAAGAAUGGGCUCAUCACCUUCGCGGCUUUCCUCAUCUUUCGGAGUUUUUCUCUGUUGUUGUUUAUCAUACUCCUCCCAUUCACUCAGAACGGGUCCAUCAAAUUCUGGGUUGCUUGUGCCCUGUCCGCCCUAGCUCUAGCCAUUCCCAGCUUGGCCAAAGCCAAGAUUGCUGGUCAAAACUAUGUCCUCUCCAUUGCCGGCACCAUUUUCAACGGUGUCAUUGCUGUUGCUUCCGCUUACUUCAUAGGCUGGGCUCUUCUUCAAUGAAAACAUCCAUAGAUUUCGGUACUCUACUUUUUUUUGUAUGUAUUACUGCUACCUUGAUUUAGAUUUCAAGCAGAGGGUACGAAUGAGAUCCUCUCUAAUAAGGGUAAUAUGUUCUUUUGUUAUUUAAAA